GGUCGCCGCCUCCCGGACGAGCGCUGCGGGAGCGGCUCGCGGUCCGGGGCUCCCCCCGCGGCUCCCAGAGGUGGGCACGAGCCGGCGGUUAGACGCAGGGAGAAACGGGCAGGCGCCUUCCCAGCCCAGCCUGGCGUUCCUGGACAGUGGCAGCCGCGCCCGGGUGGCCAGGUCCCUGAGCUCCGGAGCCGAGGCUUGGGAUCCGGAGGAAGGCAGCCCCUGAGCAGAUGGUCGGUCACAGGAAGCCAAGCCAACCAGGGCCUUGCAGGCCGCUCCCUCGGGCUCUGCCACCUCAGGGCGGGAGGUAGCCCCGGGGGCAAGUCCGCGAGUGGCUGAAGCUAGGAAGAGGUACCAUGGAAGUGCAGCUGUUCCCCGGCACCGGCACCGGCACCAGCACCAGCCCGGAGCCCGAUCCCAACCAGGAGGCCCCGCGGGCAGCGGCGAAGAGGGAGUGCGGGUGGCAGGCCUGGGCGGAGAAGCCAGUCACCUUGGAGGAUGUGGCCGUGCGCUUCACCCCGGAGGAGUGGGCGUGUCUGGACGCCCGUCAGAGGGCCCUCUACCAGGACGUCAUGUCCGAGGCCUUCAGAACCCUGGUGUCUGUGGCUGGAACCGCGCUGUCUAACCCGGAUCUGGUCGCGGAGCUGGAACAAGAAGAGCAGCGGUGGAGAGCAGCCCUCCGUCCCCCGCGCGGGGGAGGCCGGCCUGCAGGAGGCGAGGAGCAGCCCGGGGGCAGAGGCUCAGGCCCGGCCCCCUUCCCAGCUGGGCCCCUGGGCGGGACCCCCGAGCAGCCGGCGUCCGGGGCCGGGCCCCCCUUCCCCUGCCCGGUCUGCGGCAGGUGCUUCAGCAAGCGCUCCAACCUCCACCACCACCAGUCGGUCCACAGUCUGAAGGGGCCGCACCCCUGCGGCCAGUGCGGGAAGUCCUUCCGCAGCCCCAAGGCCCUGGCCGACCACCGGCGCACGCACCUCGGGGAGCGGCCCUUCCGCUGCGGCCUCUGCGACAAGACCUACUGCGACGCCUCGGGCCUGAGCCGCCACCGCCGCGUGCACCUGGGCUACCGGCCGCACUGCUGCCCGCGCUGCGGCAAGGGCUUCCGCGACCGGUCGGAGCUCAAGCGCCACCAGCGGACACACGCGGCCCCGGGGCCGGCGGGGAGCCACGUGCCAGCGGCCGGGGCCCGGGAAGCCGCGCGCAGAGCCGAGGGCCCCGCCGCUGGGCCGCGGCCGCCCGCAGGCAGGAGCCCGGUGCUCGUGGUGAGAGCGCGGGCCCCCGCGGCCACGGCCCCGGCCCCAGCGCCGCGGCCCCGGGCUCCCCUGCCAGAGCCUCCGGGACGCGGGGCCCCCCCCUGCCCUCCUGGCCCCCCGGCCCCCGGCGCGCAGGCCUCGCGCCCCCGGCACCAGGAGACCCGCCGCUGCCGCUGCGGCCAGUCCUUCCGCUCGCCCUCGGGGCUCCGCCACCAGCAGGCCCACGGGGAGCCGGGCUACCGCUGCCCCGUCUGCGACCUCUGCUUUGGGGAGAGGGAGGCCCUCGUGGGGCACUGGGGGAGCCACCGCGACGGGCCGUGCCGGGCGGUCCUGGGCCGGUGGCUGGGCCUCUCGCCGCGCCCCCCCUGUGGCCGGGAAGGCGGUGGGUCCCCGAGGAGCCGGACCCCCAGGAGGCGGCAGGGGAGGAAGGGAGAAGGGGUGCGGAGGAGGAGAAGCCGCCGAGGCGGGGACAGCCUUGGACCCGAGUAA